AUGGUUAACGGAGGAAAGUCCAAGGAGGAAGGCAAUCGUAAGAAGAGAAAGAAUCAACAAGUAACAUCGAGCAACAUGGUUUUGAAAAGGCUUCUUCGUCCAGCAAGGUACUUCGAUGGUUUGAUGACUAACCCUUGUUAUAAUCCCACCAAGCCUCGUAGGAAGCCUUGUUUGAUAUGCGCUAGUGUCCAACAUGUUACAAAGCACUGCUCAAUGAACCACCCAGACAAAGAUUGUUCUGAUAAGACAUCAGUUUGUUUAAGAUGUGGAGGCUUAGGACACGAAAUGGGUUUGUGCAAGUACGAAUACACUGAGGAUGAUUUGAAGAAUGUACAGUGUUAUGUCUGUAAAAGCUUUGGUCACCUGUGCUGUGUCGAGCCUUGUGAUUCACCGCCCUCUUUGUGGGCUGUGUCUUGUUACAGAUGUGGUGAACUGGGUCAUACUGGACUGUCGUGUGGUAGACACUACGAGGGAAGCCCUGAUAUACAAAGUGGAUUUGGUCGAGUCAAAGAAGAUGAGAAGAAAAAGCGACGUCUUGCUACUUCUGCAGCCAUUUCCGAGCUCGGGAAGAAGAGGGAACGUGAGACAGCCACACUAUCAUCACUCAAGACAAAUGAUGUAGACUCAGAAGAAAAAUCUAUUCUUCAUGACUCCAACUGGACUAUGAUGACGAAUAAGAAGAAGAAGAAGAAUAACAAAAACUCGGAUCAGCAUGUUACUGCUCCUGAAUCCAACGAGUAUUUGGAAGAAGAUCCUUUCCACAGAGGAAAGAUUAGGAGGCUGUGUUCCCCCACUACACCAUCGGGUUAUGACCACCAUAUUUUACCUGUUUCGCCACCGGGUCAUAACCACAGAUUGGCCACUACACAUAUGGUCAUUUCUGGUGGCCAUUACCCGGGUUCUCACUCAACCACACAAUAUGAUAGAAACCUUAUAAAUUCAUCUUUUGUGUCUAAUGAGCAUCUCUCGGGUCCUCCACCAAGGCUGUGGCAGCGUAACUAUCCUCCUACCUCUCCUAUUGCACCAUUAGGUCAUAGCCACCAUCGGUUACCCGUUACACCACCGUGCCAUAACCAUUGGUCACCAACAUUCAGUUCUGGCGGGCCUUAUACGGGUUCUCUAUCCAUGGAACCAUGCGGUGGUAACCGUGGAUAUUUAUCAUUCGAGUCUAAUAGGCAUCUCUUGGAUCCUCCAAUUUCAAGGCUGAGGCAGAGUUACUAUUCUCCUACCUCUCCCAUUACACCAUCAGGUCACAAUCAUGUGUUACCAACAUUCAGUUCUGGUUGGCGUUCCACAGGUUCUCUGUCGACCAUACCACCACAUGGUGGAAACCAUAGAGAUCCAUCCUUCGGGUCCAAUGGACAUCACUUGGAUCCUCCAUUUUCAAGGGGGCAGCCUUAUUAUCAAUCUACCUCUCACAUUACACCAGCAGGUCAUAACCACCAUAUGUUACCCAGUACAUAUCUGGAUCGUAACCAUAUGUUAUCCAGUACAUAUAACCAGAGAUCACCAACAUUCAAUUCCGGUGGGCAUUACUCGAGUCCUCUGUCAAGCACACGAAAUGGUGGAAACCAUAGAAAUUCACCAUUCGAGUCUAAUGGGCAUCUCUUGGGUCCUUUAACUUCAAGGCGGCAUCCUUAUUAUCCUCCCACAUCUUCACAUCAUCAUCAUCAUCAGCAGCAGCAGCAGAACAUAUAUGGUCAUGCACCCUCAAGGUAUGGUCCGCCCCACCACUAUGGAGAAUUUUCAGGCAACUAUGAACGGUGGUAG